AAUGUCAAAUGUCAUUACAUUAAUGUCAGGUUAAAAAUUUAUUCAAGAUUCCAAGUUUUUAUUCUCAAAAAUCUCAGUAAAUGAUUGUUUUUUAUUAAUUAUCCACGGCUUUAAAUAUCACAAAAUAGUUAUGAUAUUAUUUAUAAAGUUUUAUUAAAUUUUUAUUGUUAUUUUCAUUGGAAAUACGUAACUAUGGCUCGACACAGAGAUAUUAGAAAUAUGGAUUAUGAAGAUGAAUAUGACGCAUAUGACGAUGUAUACGGACAUUCUGUAGAUGACGAUUAUUAUAUUUCACCGAGUAACAAACAGUUUAUUUACAACAGGGAGUCUUCUCGCGAUUCCAGAUUUGAACAUACUGAAGAUGACAUCCAAGAAGUAGACGAAAUUGAAGAGCUAUCAGACACAGACAAGGCUAAAUUGAAUUCCUGUAUCGAUCAGAUUAAAGACAUUUUAGGAUCCACUCUAGUUCCUCGCAAUGAGCUUGUUAAUUUAAUAAUGAAAUAUAAGUUUAAUAUUGACCUGGUAGUAAAUGCGAUACUUGAAGAUUCAAGAUACAGUAAACACAAUGGAAAUGCAACGGAGAAAGCUGGUCCAUUCGUUGUGCCCACCGUAAUCGAACCGUCGACCACCACGUCAAGCGUUUGGGCGGUUGCUUCGGCAACUACAUCCACCAACAUAGUCAAAGGGUUCGAUGUACCGGAAAAGGAGGCGGAAACGCAACCCAAGACCGUCGAUUUUAUCCAGAAGGACAGACUGGGCGGGACACCUCGGUCCCAGAGUCCCGCGGGAAGGGGCCAGAGUCCAGCAUCUGCAAGAGGCCAGAGUCCAGCCUCUGGGAGGGGCACGCCGUUGUUCUUGUCGUCCGACGGAGAUGACGUCAGAGUGAGCCGCAAAGAUGGAAAAAUAGAUCCGGAAGCGAGAUUUAAAAAAGAAAGAGGCGACGAGAAGGAUCACUUGUAUAUGGUGGUUAUCGGACAUGUAGACGCUGGAAAAAGUACCCUGAUGGGUCGGUUGCUGUGCGACCUAGGCCAGGUUAACAAGAAGACCAUGCACAAGUACGAGCAGGAGAGCAAGAAGCUGGGAAAACAGAGUUUUAUGUAUGCCUGGGUCCUGGAUGAAACAGGAGAGGAGAGGAACAGGGGGAUAACGAUGGACGUGGGGCGGUACCAGUUUGAGACUAAAACUAAGGAGGUCACCUUAUUGGAUGCCCCCGGCCAUAAAGACUUCAUUCCAAACAUGAUAUCAGGAGCCGGUCAAGCUGACGUAGGUGUUCUGGUAGUGGACGCGACAAGAGGAGAAUUCGAGACUGGUUUUGACCUAGGUGGUCAAACCAGGGAGCACGCUCUCUUAGUCAGAUCUCUGGGCGUGACCCAAUUGGCUGUGGUUAUUAAUAAGUUGGACACGGUGUCUUGGUCAAAAGACAGGUUUGAGGAAAUUGUUCAAAAAUUAAAGACGUUUCUCAAACAAGCUGGCUUCAAAGAAAACGACGUCACUUUCGUUCCGUGCAGUGGACUGACUGGCCAAAAUCUCGUAAAGCCUCCAACUGAAAAUGAACUACUCGAAUGGUACAAAGGGCCUUGUCUAUUAGAAGUUAUAGACAAAUUUAGAGCUCCAGCCAGACCAAUUACAAAACCGUUCAAGUUUUCUGUAAAUGAUGUUUUUAAGGGUACUGGAACGGGAUUCUGCGUAGCUGGUAGAGUGGAAACAGGAGUUUUGAACACUGGAGACAAAGUUCUGGUUUGUCCUAACAAAGAUUUGGCCGCUGUUAAGUCAUUGGCUAUCGAAGAAGUUUCCAAGGUUGUUGUUUUCGCAGGUGAUCAAGCCACUGUAACGUUAUCAGGCAUAGAAAUGCAAAACGUGUCGGUAGGUAACAUUUUAUGUGAUCCCGGUAAUCCAGUGCAAGUGUCAAGUAGAUUUGAAGCCAGAAUUGUGAUAUUUAAUAUUGCUGUGCCUAUAACAAAAGGCUAUUCGGUGGUGUUACAUCAUCAAUCGCUGGUAGAACCGGCCGUGAUCAGCAAACUAACAUCUCAACUGAACAAAAGUAACGGCGAAGUGCAAAAGAAACAUCCGCGUUUCUUGAGCAAGAACUCGAGUGCAAUCGUGGAAAUCUCCGUUUCCAAACCGAUAGCUUUGGAAGUUUAUAGCGAGUGCAAAGAACUAGGAAGGGUUAUGUUAAGGGUAGGUGGCGCAACAAUCGCAGCCGGACUGGUCACAAAGGUUUUGUAACUUUAUUUAGAUAAGGAAUUAAUUGUUAUAUUGUAUAAAUUAAAGAUUAAAUAAAUUAACUUAUUUUA